AUGGCGGACAUUGUCAAAUUACAAUUAGGUGAGAAAGUGGACCAAUGGACGGUUGUUGAAAAACUUGGCGAAGGCGGUUUUGGAUCAGUCUAUAAGGUGUCAAAAGGAAAUGAAACUUAUGCACUAAAAACAGAAAGCUUAAAAGAGAAAGUUAAAUUGUUGAAAAUGGAAGUUUAUGUGCUUAAAUUGGCGAAUGGACGAAAAAGUAGGCAUUUCUGUACAUGCGAAGAUACAGGCAUCUAUAAAAAAUGCUUCUAUUUGGUAAUGACACUCGUAGGACAUUGUUUGCAGGAUAUAAGAAAAAAGUUGCCGGGGCAGAAAUUUUCAAUGGGUUGUGCUCUGUCCGUUGGAAUUCAAUGUUUAGAAGCAAUCGAAGAACUUCAUGCUAUCGGAUUCUUGCAUCGUGAUAUUAAACCAAGUAAUUACGCAACAGGUCGUGAAAAACUCUGCGAAUUACGACGAAUUUAUAUAUUGGACUUUGGGAUGUGUCGAAGCUAUCUGGAUGAACAUGGACGAUUCCGACCUCCGAGAAAGAUAGCUGGAUUCCGAGGUACAAUUCGAUAUGCAUCAAUAUCAUGUCACAUACGACGUGAAAUAUGUCGGAAGGAUGAUAUUGAAUCAUGGCUUUAUCAGCAAAUUGAAGUUACACGUGGUGCACUUCCUUGGCGUUCCUUAGACGAUAAGAAAGAUGAAGUAGCAAUGUUUAAAGAGCGAUGUCGUUUUGGAGUGGAUCUGCAGGAGCUUAUGGGUGGUUGUCCACAACAAUAUGUUGUAAUUUUACGUUACAUUGACAGUUUACGAUUUUACGAUAAUCCAAAUUAUGAAAAAAUUUACAAGCUGAUGAGAAAAGCAAUGUCGGUGCUACAGGUACAAGAAUUUCCAUAUGAUUGGGAACAAACACUUACUAAAUCAGCCGAAUCCGGUAAAGUGUAA